AUGGACUACAUCACGACACAGUCAAACAAUCGGAUCCAUCGGGGAAGCCGCAUAAAAGGGUCCUCCAAUAUCCAGAUACAGGGGAACACCCUGGUGGAGGAAUGUGUUAUUGACGCGCACGAGGCCAUACCAGAUGGUUCUCCCACAAUAGUGAUUGGGAAAUACUGCAUUCUUGGACGUGGGGUAGAGUUGAAGCCUCCUGUGUCCACUUCAGGUGUUCAUCCGAGCGCGGUGGGCUCUUACGUGCUCAUCGGAGAAAAUUGCAAGAUAGCCAGCGCUGCCAUCGGAUCGCGAGUGAUCGUUGGCGAAGGAUGUGUUCUUGGAAACGGGAGUAUCAUCCACGAUUGUUGUAUAUUGGAUCCAGGUCUUGUUGUUCCGGGUAAGUAUGUUGUUCCUCCUUUCUCGCACGUUCUGAAGUGGGGAGACGCGUUCAAGGUGCGGCAUCUCAAUGAGUCUCACAAGCUGCGGAUCGAGCUUCUUGCGAGGCGACGCGUGAUUGCUUGA